AUGGUACCGGGAGCUCAGACGGGAAAAAAGGUAGUGAUGGCUUUUGCUGGUGUCGGUCAGUUCUUUGUGACCUUUGGUGGCACGGAACACGACAGAGAAAUGAAAAAUAAGAAGAGGAAAAUUCUUCUUCUUAUCGACAACUGCACUCUACAUAAUGCACCACCAAAAUUGGAUAACAUUCGUGUGGAAUAUUUCCCACCUAACUGCACAGCUGUACUUCAACCUCUUGACCAAAGUAUCAUCAGAGCUGAUAAUAUCAGUCAAUCAACAAUAACUAACUGUUGGAAACAUGCAACCACAACCAAAGACGCCAAUUCUGUUUCAGAAGUGGCCGAAUAUGAUGAAUCAAAUACGCACGAUAUCCAACAAUCUGAGUUAGAGCAAAUUUGGAUCACCGCAAAAAAGAAAACGUCGCUUCCUGACGACGUGAAUUUAGAAGAUUAUCUCGGUGCCGAUGACAACGUUUUGACAUGUUAUGAACUAACUGAAGUAGACAUCGUUCAAUCCAUUAAAGACAGCAAAGAUGAGGCCACCGAUGAAAGUAGUGGAGACGAAGACGAAGAAGCUGUGAUGGGAAAUGAUGUAAGCAAUGUCACUUCAUCAGAAGCAUUAUCAAGUUUGGAAGUAAUGCGAACAUUCAUUACAUCACAGAGUGAUGUACCAGACUUCAUCUUUACAAACAUUCACCAACUACAAAAUUAUUUACUUUCUAUUAAAACAGCAAACCUUGUUCAAAAGAAAAUUGUUGAUUAUCUAUAA